AUUUAAUGUCAUUUCAUUUUUCGUUGUGCGCAAUAAAGUGAGCUCCUAGCAGACCAGAUAAAACGAAUAUCUGCUAAAGCAGAAGUGCCAGCUUGAAAAAAGAAAAACUAGUCGACUCUGCUUUUACGUUUUUAAUAUUAUAUAUAAUAUUUAAUCAAGAAAAAAUCAACCAAAUACGCAGUGCAAAACUUGACGGCUAGACGAAUAGGAAAUCAAAUAUGUUUGGGCAUAAGUUUAUAGUAUGCACGACUUUGCUCCUGUUGAGCAGCUCUGUUUACACGCAGUCGCUGUCGAUGAGCUUGAAAGAUGCCCAGUUUUCCGAGCAGGAAAAGCCGUUGACAUCGAGCAGCAGCAGCUCGACUUCUACAACUUCCACCACGACCAGCACGACUAUGCCGCCCCCAACAAGCAGCUCGAGCAGCACUUCAACAACAUCCACAACAACAACAACGACAACGACAACCACAACUACUGUCGCCCCAACCACCAGCACCUCUGUGGCACCGAGUACCUCGACACCAGCACCCGUGACAACCACUACGCGCAAGCCUCAGCCUCAGCCAUAUCCAGAUCCAACUGUGGGCUCAUGGAACUGCUCCUGCAUCAUGCUCACCAUGGCAGCUCAGCUCAACUUUACCUACGAGACUAAGAGCGGCAACAUGACCAACGGCUUGUUCAAUGUGCCCAGCAACGCUAAAUUGGAUCAUUGCUUGUGCGACAACCCGAACACGCAGUUCAUGCAACUGAAUUGGGGUCCACUUGACGGACAGCAAUCGUUGGUGCUGCAGCUGGAGAACAAGAAUAAAUCUGUCUCACUUACCUUAAUCAAAGUGGUACUGCCACUAUCCGCUGCUGACUUCCCCGAUGCUAAGGAGAAUCAGACGGUCCAGUUGAUACACCAGAGCCCGAACACGGACUUCAAGACUCCCGAGAAUAUGUCGUACCAUUGCACACGUGUCCAAAAGUUUAACAUGACGGAGACAAUCGAUGCCAACAACACCAUUGGCACGAUCAGCGUUAGCCAUGUCCAGGUGGAGGGAUUCCGCAGUUCCAAUGCCACUGGUUUCUCCACGGUGCACGAUUGCGACAGCUCGCAGACCUCCGAUGUGGUGCCCAUCGCUGUGGGCAUUGCCCUUGCUGCUCUCAUUAUUGUGGUUCUCGUCUCGUAUCUAUGUGCGCGUCGUCGUUCCAUCUCUCGCGGCUACAUGAGCUUCUAAACUGAAGCAAAUCAAGUUAGCGAUAGAGAAAGCGAGUACAGCUGAGGGUCAAAGAGAGGGAGAGAGAGAGAGGGAAGAAAUAUGCUUACGUAUAUGUUUACACAUGAAUAGUGUCCAGGCAGUUGCAGCAGUUGUUGUAAGUGAGCGAGGGUUAGUUAGUGCGUUAUAAUCAAGAGAGAGUUGUAAGAUUGAUUUUCUAAUUGGCUGUAGAGUGAGAGGAAA